AGAGAAAAGCCGAGCCUUCGCUCCUCCUCCACUUUACAUCGUCGGGACCUGGGGAAGUGUCCGGACGGGGGAGACAGUCAGUCAGCCGAGCCCAGGAUUCUGGGGGGGAAAGAUGGGAAUAAAAGUCACAGUGUUCGUACUUCUCCUCUGUGCAGUGCUUCCACACAUGUACCGUAACGUCCAGGACAAGUCGUCGCAUUGUGUGUUUUGUCCGUUUCUCUGUAGUGGAAGCCCGCAGCCGCCGCAGCAGCAGCAGCGCGAGCUAGCUUAGCAGACACCCGCUGGCAGUGCCAGACACACAGGUACAGGAGGAGAGGAGGAGGGGGUCGCUGACAAAGAAAGGUGGCGAGGGAACGAUGAACCGCUUCCGAAAGUGGCUCUACAAGCCCAAGAGGACGGACCCUCAGCUCCUGGCCCAGUUCUACUACGCUGAUGAAGAGCUGAACCAGGUGGCCACUGAACUGGACAGCCUUGACGGCAGGAAGGACCCUCAGCGAUGCACCCUGCUGGUCAACCAGUUCCGAUCAUGUCAGGACAGUGUGUUGAACAUCAUCAAUCAGAUCAUGGAUGAAUGUAUCUCCAACGACCGGGCCAACAGAGACUUCUGCGUCAAGUUCCCAGAGGAGAUUCGUCAUGACAACCUGGCAGGGCAGCUGUGGUUUGGGGCCGAGUGUUUGGCCGCUGGCUCCAUCAUAAUGAACAGGGAGAUAGAGAGCAUAGCCAUGAGACCGCUGGCUAAGGAUCUCACUCGUAGCCUGGAGGAGGUUCGGAACAUCACCCGAGACCAGGCCCUGAGAGACCUCAACUUGUACACAGACCGCAUGAAAGACGCACUGCGACAUUUCGACAGCCUUUUUGCUGAGUUUGAGCUCAGUUAUGUGUCAGCCAUGGUGCCUGUGAAGUCUCCCAAAGAAUACUAUAUACAGCAGGAGGUGAUUGUGCUCUUCUGUGAGACCGUGGAGAGGGCCCUGAAACUGGGCUACCUCACGCAGGACAUGAUCGAUGACUAUGAACCUGCACUAAUGUUUACAAUUCCCAGACUAGCCAUUGUGUGUGGGCUGGUUGUGUAUUCAGAGGGGCCUCUCAACCUACACCGAAAAUCAGAGGACAUGUCUGAGCUCUUCCGACCUUUUCGCACUUUAUUAAAGAAAAUCAGAGAUCUGCUGCAGACCUUGACUGAAGAGGAGCUGGUAACACUAGAGAGGAACCUGUGUAUCUCUCAGGACUGGGAGUUGUCCACAGGCCAGGGGCUGGCUUCAAACGGUGCACCAGCACCAGUCCAAGAAAAUCAGUCAUCCUGCAGUCACGGUAAUGACACUUCCAAGGGGGAGAGUGAGGGGGAGCAGGAGCAUCUGGCUCUGUAUGUCUGUCCCAGCCAGGAGGAGGAGCUGACGGAAGUGGAAAAGGGCUGGGAGGAGGUGGAGACUGAAAGGGGAGAGGAGGAGCAGGAACAGGGCCUGUUAUGUGAGGAGGCAGAGGAGGCUGAGCUGGCGUGUUCCAUGCAGUAUGAUGAGGAGGAACUUGAGCAGCUCAACAUGAUGGUGUACCUUGUAGGAGACGAGAUGUCCACCCUGCUGUCGCCUCCUAGUCAGGGCCAGUCCCCAGCUCGCACUCCCAAAAGAGGAGAGGCAGGAGGCUCCAGUGGGGCUUCCAGCACUGAUGCGUCUCCCCGCAGGCUUCUGGUGGGCCGGGGAAGGACACGUGUCAAUGUAGAGGAGGAGGACAGGGUUUUCUUCAUGGAGGACUUGGAAGCAGCAGGAGACAACAUCACCAGCAUCUCGAGAGAGGCAUGUAGUUGUGUCGCGUCGCCUUUUAAAGCACCAGAGUCUGCUCCUGUUGUGCAACGGAAGCAGGGGCCACGACCAGACUCGGUCAGGAAUGGCUGGUACACCGAGACCCCGUCAGAGCAGCCAUGUCCUCAGCCACGUGGCCAGAACACGCUUUGUCAUCAUGCGAAGCUCCCGCCAUGCACCGCCGGUCCGGGCUCCGAGCCUCUGCCUUACACUAACGGGUGGGAGAUGGGUUUAGAGGGGACAGCUUCUGAAACGGCAGAGGUCAUUGCCCAUCGUAUGGGCGGUAUGAAGCUUUCUGCUACAGUCAUCUUCAACCCGGGCUCCCCGAGCUUGACGGAGCUGGCCGUGGACAAGCUGUUGCUGCCGCGGCCCGCUCCCUCUGACAUUGAGCCCUGUAGCCCCCUGGUGGCCACUCACUGCCUUCUUAACUCGUGUGUCUGCUGUGCGAGCUGCGAGGACGGCCAUGACGACGCGAUAACCACGGACACCACUGGUCUGGGCUUGGGCCUCGCUCUGGGGUUGGACAAACAAUCCAAGGGAGCAGCCAACAGCACCGUCAUCCAGUCCUCGGCUUGCCGAUUGCCCCUGCGCGGUCACGAGCCGCACAGUAAGGGGGAGCUCGCCCAGGUGACUCCCCCGUCCUCCCGCAGCCCUGCAGAUCCACUGGAAGAGGAUUUUAACUCCCAGUUCUGUGAGAAGUGCCUGGUGUUGGCUCCGGGGCCCGGGCGUGCUGCACACGACUGUAGCUCCAGCAGAGAUGAACAAUCCCCGUGCAACCACCACCCGAGGACUGAGAAGAGGCAGCAGGCCAGUGGACUCCGACAGAGGGAUAAGGAGAUGGAGAAAGACAAGACAGGAAAUAAGGAGAAGGACACCAAAGGGGACAGCAGGAGGAGCUCCAGUUUUCAGAACUCUCCCCUCAGCUCUGUGUCAGCUAGUGACUGUGACAGUGUGUCGGUCACCACAUGUAGUCUGUCGAGCAGUGCUUAUACUCCCAGCCCUGUGAGCAGCCUGACUCCCAGCUCAUCGGACGACCUGGACCAGCAAGAGGUCCAGCUGGCUCUGGAAGGUGCCAAGUUGGCCGCCAGGAACAAGAUCCGAUCACGCUUCCACAGCAGCAGUGACCUCAUCCACCGUCUCUUCGUUUGUAUAUCAGGUGUUGCUGAUCAGCUGCAGACCAACUAUGCGAGUGACCUCCGCAGCAUCCUCAAGACCCUUUUUGAAGUCAUGGCAACCAAAUGUGAGGAGGGGGACGACGAUAAGCAAAAGAAAGGUCCUGUUCUGCGGAGUGCGGUGCUGGAGGACUGUGCGCUCUGUCAGGAGACCAUUUCUUCUUCAGAGCUGGCAGCCAAGGCACGUGAGGGCCAGUUUGAAGACCCUCCUGACUGGGUCCCUGAUGAAGCCUGCAACUCCUGCAUUGCCUGCAAGGCACCGUUCACUGUUAUCCGCAGGAAGCAUCACUGUAGGAGCUGUGGAAAGAUUUUCUGCUCUCGUUGCUCCUCCCACUCUGCACCGCUGCCCCGAUAUGGCCAGGUGAAGCCCGUGCGGGUUUGCACACACUGCUACAUGUUCCAUGUCACGCCGUUCUAUAGCGACAAGGCCGGCAUCUGACCCUAUGUCGUCACAGAAAGCUCUCCGUCCGGCACAACAAAGCUCAUAUGCAACAGACAGUUUCCACAGCUGUGCACAAAGCAAACGCCACACUACUCUGGUCUUCAUUUACUCCUGAUAAGGAAGACUUCAGAGUGAUGCCGGCGCCUGAGUGGGAACCACAGGGAUGAUUUCUGUACCCAGCUAACACAAAUCAUUCACAAAUGCCUGUGUGAUUAUAGAGUUGCAAAAAAAAAAAAAGAAGAAGAAGAAAGGAAAUGAACAGGCAAUAACACAUUUUGAACUUUGGCAUUGUGCAAGGAGUGUUCUGUAACGGUUUGCGACGCAAAAUCGGAAACAAACUACUUUUUUUUUUCUGUUGCUUUAGGUGUAAAUUAAAGGACUUGUGACAUAUUUUCUUAUGCUUUAGCGAGCUUCCUACAUUUGUGCCAGAGCUCCCUUGGGACUCGGAUUACUCAAAAGAAUGUAAGUCAUGAUAACCAUGUAAAUAAGGAUAAUUCUGGUAACAGCUACACUAAAAUGUCUUCAGUAAAUGGUUGCUAUAUAUGGGAAUUUGAAGCCAAUUUUCAGGCCCAGUGAAGCAACCACUGAAAACCGAUGCUUUUAUAUUGGGAUUCCUUCAUGUUUUAAUGUCAAUGAAUGUGUAAUUCUGUACCACUUUGACAAAUGGGGUCUAGAUUCCAACAGGACUGACUGUUCAGCUUUUGGUGGUAAUGGGCUGUGCCCAUUGCAUUUACAGUUGCACCAUGGCAUGUUUAGUUUUUCCUUUGGACUCUGCUGCACACUUGAUGGAUAAAAGGGAUUUCCUUUGUCAUCACUAUCAGGUCUUGAAGGCCCCCUAGUGGAGAGUUGACCUCUCUGCACUCAGUGCUGUAAUCACCUCGAUGCGAGCAACAUGCUUUGAAUCGUAGUCCUUCUCAGGGGCCGGCCUUCAGACUUCAGGCCAAUUAUUGCCCUAAUGGUUUUCCCUUCCUCACACUUAUUUAUAGUGCAAUAUAACACCUAACUGCAGUGGCUCUGCACUCUUAAGAGGCAGUUGUUUUCUGUUUUAAAUUGUAGUUCUUAGGCCAUUUCUGGAGAGAAAAGCUGUGCGGAUUUUUGUUUACACUAAAUUAUUCCUUUCUAUCGUUGGUCUGAAACAGAUGUUGGGUUCCCAGACCGACUUCCUUUUUGCUCUUCAAUCUGCUUCCAUUGCAUUGAUAAAAAAAAACAAAAACAAAGUAUCUUCCAUGCUGUCAAUAUAUGACACUUGUUUCACGUGAAUGGUCUUGAGACGAAACAGCGUCACUGUUUAUAUCACGUUAUGUCCAUUCUGCUCUGACUUAAAGCAGGCUUCUCAGGCAGUACAUCAUCAGAAACUACUGUUGGAUAAAAGCUUAUUUUCAUCGAAGAACGUGCAAAAUCACUUCUUUUAUAAAGAACAAAAACAAUGUAUGAAGCUAUGAUUGCUUUUAUGUGAGGGGAAAAAAAGAAGAAAACAUGGAAUCAUUAUCAUAAUUAAAGGGCAGGAUAUCCUAUUAUCAUUGUUAUUAUUUCAGAGCUUGGUCUUAUUUUGUAAAAUUCCAGUACAUUUCCAUGAGCAGAGCUGUGUAAAAAUAUUCAUCAAACAAAUAAUGUUAUAUAGUUUUAAAUGCAAUGUAUAUUGAAAUAAAUUACUUUUUCCUGAUUAAAAAAAACCAAAAACAUGA